UUGCUUGGAAAACCGUUUGGUGCAAUGCAUGCACGAUUGUAAAUAAUCUUCGGAACUAAGGGAAUAUAAGCGGGCACGCGUGUAGUGUCCUAAAAGGCCAAAAGAUUAACAUCCAACGAUAAAAUUAAAUAAGAUAUUUUAUAAUUGUUAUUAAAUAGUCUAAUAAACAAUGGCUACUAUUCGAGUACACGAGGAUCAAGAAAACCGGAUUGCCGAUAUCUUUCGUGGUAAAGAGAAUAUCUUGCCCGCCCAAAAUCAAGUCUUGCAACAAUCAAAACGCGCGGUUUUGGGUGUAUUGCAUAAUAACUGCCAUCGAAUUGUUAAAACAGAUAUUUGCAAAGAUGAAAAACAUCCGAAAGCUAAAUCGAUAGUGACAGUGCCAUUUGAACCAUUCAAAAUUUAUGAAGAUAAGAAGGAAGAGGGUGCAUUUAAAGUUUACGAAGACAAAUUAGAAGAGGAAACUUCCGUUGUAUUAAGGGAUUCUAAAGAUGAUAGAGAUGUGAUAAUAAAUCAAGAAGUUACCGUACCAUCGGAACAAAAAAAGCCGAGGUUAGACAUUAAUUCGUUAUCUAUCAACGAUGUGCCUAUAAUAUGCAACAGUCUUCAGGAGAUAAUAAAUGGCAAGCAAGAUGACAAAUCUUUGUUACAAGAUACACCAAUAUUUCCGGAUAAACCACUUUUAUUCAACUCUAGUUCUUCCAAUGAAGAAAACAGAAUUAAUAAAGAAUCAUCUAGAGAACUUAGAAAUAAUUUCUUCGACGUCGAAGAGUAUAGGGCGGAUAUAUAUAGUUAUUUACGUGUUGCAGAGGUACAACAUAGACCUAAACCUGGUUACAUGAAAAAACAACCAGACAUAACAUAUUUAAUGAGGUUGAUACUGGUAGAUUGGCUUGUUGAAGUAGCCGAAGAAUAUCGACUACAAACGGAAACGUUGUAUUUGGCUGUAUCUUAUAUAGAUAGAUUCUUAUCAUAUAUGAGCGUUGUUCGGGCUAAGUUGCAGCUUGUUGGUACCGCUGCUAUGUUUAUAGCUGCAAAAUAUGAAGAAAUUUAUCCACCGGAUGUUGCUGAGUUUGUAUAUAUUACGGAUGACACGUAUACCAUCAAACAAGUAUUGAGAAUGGAACAUUUAAUAUUAAGGGUAUUGUCCUUCGAUCUUACUGUACCAACACCUUUAGCAUUUCUUAAAGAUUAUUGCAUUAGUAAUAAUCUGUCAGAAAAGAUCAAAUUUUUAGCAAUGUACUUGUGUGAAUUAUCUUUACUCGAAGCUGAUCCAUAUUUGCAAUAUUUACCGAGUCAUUUAGCAGCAUCUUCAAUAGCAUUAGCACGACAUACGUUGCAAGAAGAAAUAUGGCCGCAUGAAUUAGAAUUAUCAACGGGUUAUUGCUUGACGGAACUUAAAGAAUGUAUGUCACAUUUAAAUAAGACAUUUUUGAAUGCACCUAAUUUACCACAACAAGCAAUACAGGAGAAAUAUAAGAGCAGCAAAUACGGACAUGUAGCUCUUGUACUGCCACGUAGUACUGAAGGUUUGGUAUAUGAAGAUGAAGAGAGCGCAUAGAAACAAAAUGUUGUGUAUUAUUAUUAUUUUUUUUUUUAUUAUUUUUUUUUUUUUUUUUUU